AGAAAGGUCAAGAAUCGAUUGGUGCUGAAGAUGAGCAUUAGCCCUGUUAAGAAGAUAUUUUUUAUACCACUAAUCCGUCCGCUAGAGUAAACAGAACCGCCCGGUUCUGCCUGGUAAAACCCAGAUGGACCCAGAAAGCGCUGCGCUGUGAUUGACUGCUUGGCUACCUAACGCCGCUCGCUCUCGGCUUUUAGCUGCAUUGUUAUUGUUUCCUGUCUGCUGCUCUGAAACGGGGACCCGAGGGAUGGUUUUUCAUCGGGUUCGGGAAGAUGGAUGAGAAGUCCACCAGCAGCCACCAGCGGCUCCUGCUCUUCCUGCUCAUGGUGGGGGUUUUCGGUGUUUUUAUGAUCCAGUAUGCCUGUCCCAGCAGCUCCGAGUGCCAAAUGCUCCACCAGCUGGGGGCCUGGUUCACCCUCAGGGGCGGACCUGGCAUCCGAAUCGGCGAUGGUGAAUCGCAGGACGGGCUCCAGAAGGACCCCUACAUCGCAGAAGACGGCGCUUUGGCCCGAUUUGUCCCUCGAUUCAACUUCACCAGCGCCGACCUAAACCGAGAGGUGGACUUCAACAUCAAAGGGGAUGAUGUCAUUGUAUUUCUGCACAUCCAGAAAACGGGGGGCACAACUUUUGGCCGGCACCUGGUGCGCAACAUCCAGCUGGAGCGGCCCUGUGAGUGCCACGCAGGCCAGAAGAAGUGCACCUGCCUCCGGCCGGGUAAGAAGGAAACCUGGCUCUUCUCUCGGUUUUCCACCGGCUGGAGCUGCGGGCUUCAUGCGGACUGGACUGAGCUGACCCACUGUGUCCCAUCACGCAUGGACUCCAGAGAGGCCCAGAAAAACCAGCCAAGUAGAAACUAUUACUACAUUACGAUCUUAAGAGAUCCUGUUUCGCGUUACCUCAGCGAGUGGCGUCACGUGCAACGUGGAGCCACUUGGAAAGCCUCCCUCCACGUGUGCGACGGACGUUCACCAACGCUGUCAGAGCUGCCAAGUUGCUAUCCAGGCGACGACUGGUCGGGUUGCAACCUGCAGGAGUUCAUGGACUGCCCCUACAACCUGGCCAACAACCGACAGACCCGCAUGUUGGCAGAUCUCAGUCUGGUGGGUUGCUACAACGUCUCCUCCAUGGGCGAAGACGAACGCUGGGCGGUGCUUCUGGACAGCGCCAAGCGCAACCUGAAGGGGAUGGCCUUCUUUGGCCUGACUGAGUACCAGCGUAAGACGCAGUACCUCUUCGAGAGAACCUUCAACUUACAGUUCAUCGCACCUUUCACGCAGCUGAACGGGACGCGAGCUUCCAGCGUUGAGGUACCCUCCGAGAAGCAGCAAAGGAUUCGCCAGCUAAACCGGUGGGACGUGGAGCUGUAUGAGUACGCCCGUGACCUUUUCCUGCAGCGCUUCCAGGUGGCGAGACAGCAGGAGCGCAGGCAGGCCAGGGAGCGGCGGCAACAGGAGAGGAGGCGGCUCCGGGGGAGACUCUCAGCAAAACAAGGGCGGCAGCCAAAGCCGACUGAAACGACGCGCUCGAUCGAAGAGCGUCAAACGGAGGACAGCCUGGAGUCCGAAGUGCUUCUGUCAGACUGGUGGGAUGUAGAUGAGAACAGCACCAUGGAGGACUACAUAGGCAAUGUGGAGCAGUGGUAGCAGACAGCUGUCUUUGUACCAAGAGCUGCCUUGUCAGUUUUUGCUAAUUCAGGUUAUUUUCAGUACAUGCCUUCUUCUCUUAUUCUUUUGUGACAAUGAAAUGUUUUAAAUGUGACUUUAAUUUAUUUAUUUUAAAGGCGACCUAUUAUGCUUCCUUGAACAGUUUGGGAUAUGUUUAUAGGAUAUACAAACCAUGUUUGUAACAUUUUUUGCACAAAAUUAUUCUUAGCUAAUGAGAUUUUAGCCUGCUCAGUUCUGCCUAUUUUGAGC